CUCAGUGUGGCUGUGGCCGUGGUGAUGGUAGCAUGGUGGUACGCUCGUUGCUCUCUCCUCCACUCCACUGACUGGAACACCUCGCAUUCAAUGACAUUAAUCAGUGUUCGCGGAUUAACAGCACUGUAAUACGUGUUUUAUGAUUCAUCGUGGUUACUUUGCGCGUUUAGCGGGAUAUUUUGAUCCAGUUCCAGCAAGGUGUAGUUUGGAAAGAAAUACUUUUAAAUGACUACAAAUUUAGAUUGCAAAAAGUUAAAACAACACUUGGAUAUAACACUUAACAACUCCCCCGAUAUUAAAAGGUGUGAUGGUGCGGGUGUGGGCGUGAUGGAGGGCAGGUUGGCCCCUGAGCUCACCAUCUACUCCGCCCGCUACGCUUCACCCCCGCCUCGCCAGAGGCCAGCCCACCCCCAUUACCACGCCCACGACUAUGGUGGCCCGCCCAGACAUCCCCCUGGGCCCAUGGUGCAGCUGGGCGGGCCGCUCCUGACCCUGGCAAGCGGGCCAUUUUCAGGGCCCAUAUCGCUACCGCAGGGGCUUGGGUACUGGGGCCCCGGGGUGGUCCGCCACCACUUCCUACACCAUCAUCACCACCACACUUUUCCCCCUUAUCCGCCGUCACUGCCGCCGCCUCCGCCACGCCGCCUCCACUACCAUCCACACGGUCACCAGUCCAUGCCUCUCAUGGGUCUGCGGGAACCGCACCCGUCUGCGGGAAGGUGGGAGGAUAACCCAUGCUUCUCGCGGCCGCCGUAUACCCACCCCGUAGUACCGAAGCAGGAGGAUGGUACCCGUUUUGUUGUGAUGGGUACCCGCGAUGCCCCAGACGCCCAGCCUCUCUCCAAGAAUCUUCCUCACUCAGGAACAACAGAGACAGCAGCGCAACAACAGCAGCAGGAGGAGGGUGUGUACUCAUACGCAGGUGAGGGAAUCUUGUCCCCUGCCGACGUUAUCCGUGCCCGGGCCGCCAUGGACGACUCCGACAGUUACGGAGAAUCGCUGGCAUCGGAGAACAUCUAUGAGGAGAUCCCCGAGAACUGGGUUGGAAGUUGGUCUCGUCGCUCGCUCGUAGACGAGGUCAUGGACGAGUACGAACGAGUGCAGGCAGGUCACCGCCGCGUGUUGUCAGCACUUAACCUAGAUGUGGAAACACUCAUCAAGCCUGCUGUCCAAGAUGGUACCGCUUCCCCGGACUCCGGACUUACAGUAUCCGCCUCAGACUCUUCCUGUGAACCGAACCAGCUUAACUACGAUGUGCCUCGCCCGCGGGUCUCCGUCAGCCGCAGCGAAUGGGGCUUCGGAAGGUCGUCGCAAAGAAGCAAGUCAUCACCCAAAGAGAGGGACGACAGUGCAGAUAAGUCGCCUAAGAACAAGGGUCGCUUGGUGAAGUGCGAGUCUCUAGACCUGAAGGAUGCCCUGAUUAGGAGACCGUCAGGGGGACGAGGUCGAGGUUUCAAGGAGAAGCUCGGAGGCGUCAGAGAAAAGAUGGAGAAGAGAGGGUGGCGCUUUCCCAACUUCUCCAGGAAAGGUAAGUGUCUUAGGUGCCUUCAUGCAUUCAAGACACCUUUGUGAAGGACUUUCGGUUCUUGAACUUUGAACACUGUAAACAGCGAAACGUCUUUCAAAAAGGUGCCCUAAGUGAAUGCAAUCGUGUCCCAUUCCCUCAAAUUGUCGGCAGUCAUUUGCCUUCUUCCUACAAGUUCUUCUCGCUCAUUACCGCUCAUUUUUUUUA